GAAAUAAUAAAAGAAAAUAGAUAGGUAAAAGAAAACCACAAACACACCAAAUGGUUGACCAUUCACAGCCCAUACCUUCCGUCCGUUCCCAGGUGGGCCAUGGAGAAGCUUGUGCGGUUCCUGUUGGCGUUCCUCGCCCUCAAAGCGACUUUGGCCAGCCCCAGAUUCUCCCGCCAGGCGGAACUGGACACGUACGACGACACCAACUACGAUGUGGAUAUAGAGAACCUGGAACUGGAGAACCAGGAUAUGUACGACUACGAGGAAGGCCUGGGGGAGAACCCAGAGAUGGAGAUCGGAACCGUGCCUCCACCGGACCACAGCUACCCCUCACCCGGAGCCUCCUUGGAGGAAGAGGAGGAGGAGGAGCGGGAAUAUGAAGAGGAGAUGCCCUUGAGAGCAAAGCAUGUGCAACAGGGCUCUGGGGACUCGGGAGUGCUCAUGGGUCCCAACACACAGAAAGAGGAGGAGCUUCGUCUGACGCCCGUUGACACCCUUCAUGUCUCCGGGGACUUCGGGGGCUCGGUGGGGUCCGGUACCCCGGGCGCGCCUGGGGCCUCAGGGUCUGGGGACUCGGGGGCUCCUUCCUCCGCGGGCUCCUCGGGCUCCGGAGACCUCGCCUCUGGCUCCGGAGGUUCUGGGGCCCCCCUCGCCGGAUCGGGGGAUCUCUCGGGCUCAGGGGGCUUCCCGGGGUCCGGUGGUUCCGGAGCGUCCGGGGACCAGCUUGGUUCCGGGGGGUCCGGGGUCGCAGAGACCUCCGGGGACGCCCUCCUGGGCUCUGGGGAAUCAGGGGACGUCUCCCUGGCCUCCGGGAGCUCCGGAGACCUCCUCGGUUCUGGAGGAUCAGGGGAUGUUUCCUUUGUGGAUCUCCUCUUGGGCUCUGGAGGGUCAGGGGACGUUCUCCUGGGCUCUGGGGGCUCAGGGGACGUUCUUCUGGGCUCCGGGGGGUCCGGGGAAGUUCUCCUGGGCUCUGGGGGCUCAGGGGACGUUCUCCUGGGCUCUGGGGGCUCCGGGGAUCUGCUCCUGGGCUCUGGGGGCUCCGGGGAUCUCAUUGGUUCAGGGACCUCUGGGGAUCUCUCUGGCGAGUCUGGGGACGUGGACGUUACCUUGAUAUCUGGAGGGGAAGAGCUGCCCCUCACCCCCGACACAACUACACCCCAGGAGGCCUCGGGUUCUUCUGGGGAGUGGUCAGGGUCUUCCGGGGUCGCCUCUGGUGGCUCUGGAGACGUUGGCGAGUCUGGAACCUCUGGGGCCUCUGGCUCUGGGGACGAACCCGGGGUCACACUGAUCCCGGACAUUGAUGAAGAGGAGGAGCUGCUUCCAAUUAAACCAGAUACCCCUCAGGAAGGUACUGGUAGUACGGAUGGCUCCGCCAUGCCAGACCCCGAAACCACGGUAGCUCCCGUAACUACGGUAGCACCCGUUGAGACUGAAGAGCCAGAAGUUGACUGGCGAGGUAUGCCCACAUGUCUACUGUGUACAUGCCUCGGUACUUCGGUCUACUGCGAUGACAUGAAGCUGGACAGCAUACCGCCCCUCCCCAAAGAGACAACUCACUUCUACGCUCGCUACAACAGACUCACAAAGAUCCACAAGUCCGACUUUGCCUUCAUGAGCAAGCUGAAGAGGAUCGACGUCACGGCCAACGACAUUUCGUCCGUCGACGAGGGCGCCUUCUCAACGCUGCCAGCGUUGGAGGAGCUGGUGAUCAGGGAGAACCACGUCUCGCAGCUGCCCGCCCUGCCGGUCACCAUGACGCUCAUCGACGCCAGCCACAACGAGGUCGACACCAGGGGCAUCCACAAGGAGGCGUUCAAGGAUAUGGCUGGACUUCUGUACUUGUACCUGACAGACAACCACCUUGAUUACAUCCCUGUGCCUCUACCAGACAGCCUGCGAUCCCUGCAUCUCCAGCGGAAUAACAUCCAGUCGAUGCACGAGGACACCUUCUGCAAUCUGCAAGACUUCAACUACAUCAGGAACGCCCUGGAGGACAUCCGCCUGGACGGUAACCCCGUCAACCUCAGCCGGACCCCGCAGGCCUACGUCUGCCUGCCCCGCAUCCCCAUCGGGGCCCUCGUCUGAACACACACACACACACACACACACACACACACACACACACAC